UUUGAGUAGAUGUGUGCAUAGAACAGAGAAGAGAAACUUCCUUGACGCUAUAGUUUAUAGCUUUGUACUCUGACAGUGUUGAGAGGACGCCUUUUUCAGAUGCUGUACACAAUAAUUUAAGAGACACUGGAGGAUUUAUCAGAGGACCAUGAGUCGUGGAUCUAAAGCUAAAUUGGAGGGCGUCCAAAGCUCUCUGCUGACCUUACAGGAAAAUGAAAAGCUGGAGGAGUUGAUGGGCAGAAGGUGUGCUUCCAUGGCCACCGGAGUAGCACAGUUGUUCAUGGCUCUGCCGAACAGUUCAUCCAUGUGGAGCUUGCAGCACACUGGAGUGGUCUGCUUCGUCAAAGACAACCCCCAGCGCUCCUACUUCAUACGGAUGUUUGAUUUGAAGGCAGGGAGGCUGAUUUGGGAGCAGGAGCUCUAUAACCAAAUUGUUUACUCACCACAACUGCCGUACUUUCAUACCUUUGCUGCAGAUGACUGUCAAGUUGGACUGAACUUUUCUGAGCAACGGGAAGCAGAAGCCUUCCAAAAUGCUGUCGAGGAGAAAAUCAACCAAAGACAAAACCGACAAGACAAGAAACAGCGCCCCCCGCAGCAUAGUGACAGAGGUUCCCUGCCUCCAGUCCCACAUGAAAAAACAUCUGCCAGUCCUGGUAAUAUUCACAUGGCCACUGUGGACAUCCAGAACCCAGAUAUCCAGACCUCACGCUACCGUUCAAUGCCUGCACCUGUUCAUGCUUCCUUACCUCUGGGCAGCAAAGGGAAGAAGGACAAGAAGAGCAAGAAAAAGGGCCCCAAACUCUCCAAAGCAGACAUAGGAGCACCCAGUGGAUUUAAGCAUGUUACUCAUGUUGGCUGGGAUCCCAACAACCUUGAUCCCGACCUGUGGAAGCUGCUCUCCCAAGCUGGAAUCAGUGAAGCUGAGAUGAGGGAUGAAGCGACCUCCCAGCUCAUCUACAAUGUCAUUGAGCAGUCUGGAGGCAUGGACGCAGUCAAAAGGGAGGUGAACAAAGGAGCUUCUGGACCUCCACCCCCUCCACCUGGCAGACAAGGGCCUCUGCCUCCCGUGCCAGGCCCCGGUCCAGCCCCUCCACCUCCACGAGGUCGUUCUGGCCCCCUGCCUCCUGUCCCAGGCCAGUCACAGCGGGCAUCUCCAUCCUCCCAGCCACCUCCGCAACGUGGAGGCCUGCCACCCCCACCUCCGACAAGCAGAGGCGGUCUUCCACCACCGCCGCCACCAGCAUACUCUGCACCUUCUCACUUCCCUUCACCGCCAUCCUCGAAGUCUUCUCAGUCCUUCCAAAGCCCGCCUCCUCCCCCACCACCUUCUCACCAACAGCGCUCUAUGGGUGUCCCACCUCCUCCUGCACCAUCUACACCCAACAGAGGAGGAGGUGGAGGGCCUCCUCCUCCUCCUCCUCCUCCUCCGCCCCCUCCACCUCCCCAAACUUCAGACUUCCCACCACCUCCUCCCCUCGCUGGUGCUCCACCACCACCUCCCCCUUCAUCCGGAGGAGGAGGAGGAGGAGGAGGAGACAGCAGGGGAGCUCUGCUGGAUCAGAUCCGACUGGGGAAGAAGCUCAGAAAUGUGACAGAGAGUCCUGAUGCAGCUCCACCUACAACGCCGGAGUCAGGUGAGGGCAUCGUUGGUGCUCUCAUGAUGGUCAUGCAGAAGAGGAGUAAAGUCAUCCAUUCCUCUGAUGAAAGUGAAGAGGAUGGUGGAGAUGAAGAUGAGGACGACGACGAAUGGGAUGACUAGUUUAAAGGUCCUUGGUUAGUGUGGAUUUUGAGCCUUGUUCUGUACGAUUUUAGUUGUAAACCUCUGAAUUGUAACACUGUUACAAUAUCUGUUGUUGGACUUGUUACAUGCUCAGUUAUUGCAAACUAGGGUAUGACUUGUUUAUGACUGAAACUGUGUAGCUGAUUAUAUGAAUAAACAAUCAAACUCAAUACAAAGGACUGGAAAGGACAAUUUUAAGAGGAUUCUGAAAUGUUUAUAUAUUUGUUCGAACAUUUCCAGUGUAGGGAUUUAUCAGCAUGACGGCACAUACGUAGCACUGUGUUACUCACAAUGAAGGUGAAUGGUGGCUCUGACUGGAAAAUAUCUUGUUCCUUGCACUUCCUUUAAAAAGAGCCAUUUAAAAAUACAGCAUAUGACAGAACACCAACAAUCAAUAUUAAAUCUGAGCCAUUUUCAUUCCCGUUUUUAUAAUAACAUACUGUACAUAUAAAAUUAUGUUCCUUGUAUCAUUUACUCAUACAUCUGUGCAAACAUCCCAAUUCCCUCUAAUACCACCACCGACAAAGUGCAUAACUGCAAGAACACUGUAUGCUAUUCAUAUCUUCAACACUCACAUACUGUAGGUCACUAUAGAGCACAUGGCAGUAAGGGAGUCUUUAUAUGACAACAUCCAAUGGAAUUAGCUUAACAGAACACAUUACACCUUACAAACAUCAUUACACACCAAGGUUGAGAACAGAACAACAGUAAAAUGUACAACUUGCAACAAACAACAACAGAUACGCAUGCAACCUAUGCAUUUAUAUCAUCAUAUUAUCUUCAUACAAUACAAGAGUAAUCCAAUGACCUGACCAUAUAUAUUAUAUUCACAAUCAAUAUAUUACAUUUCUGUUUCAAGAUACUUAAAAGGACCAUACUUGUGGUUUUGCAUGUUGUAGCCCGUUAACUACAUGUUGCAUAUACCUACAUGACACCAACUAUUUUCCAAAACAUUACUAUUUUCCAGGCAGCAGCUGGUUUUAGUUCAUUGUAGCAUGAAAGUCAAACUAUGAACAGUGUCUGUUAUUUUUUUGUCACGGUAAAAUUGUAACUGCAUGGUAAUCCAGUUGUGUUCUGAAAACUCUUCCUUCUUGGUGCAUUCGAGGACUGACAUUUAACAAUCAGCUGGUAAAACUCCCUGCUUAAAACGAGCUGUUGUAAAAUGAAACCUGGAAGACGAAUAACAAGCAAACAUGAACGUUGUGAAAUGGAUAAUGUGCGUUUUUUUUAAAAGUUUCUUACAAUAAAAAGCAUUGAACAGUGA